GUCUGACUGCUAGGUGGGGUUUGAGCGCACUUCUACCCGAGGGGUCUCGCCACCAGCCCGGGCUGCAGAGCACUUUAGCCUCCACCACACCAUCAACCACACGCAGACAUGCCACCUUUCGAGAGGUCCAUGGAAAUGAUGCCUUUCAAGCAAAGGAAGUGUCUAGCUACAAGAAAAGAUGAGGUUUGCACAAUUCGAUCUAAGUUCCCCAACAAAUUACCGGUUAUUGUAGAGCGAUACAUUCAGGAGAAACAGCUUCCUCUACUGGACAAAACAAAAUUCUUGGUCCCUCAUGAACUCACAAUGGGUCAGUUUCUGUGUCUGCUUAGGAAUAAAAUAGUGCUAGAGGCAUCCCAGGCUCUGUUCUUGCUCAUCUCAGGAAAGAGCAUGUGCUGCAUGACGGCCAGCAUGGCAGAGAUCUACUCCCAGCACAGAGACCCAGAUGGCUUCCUCUACAUGACCUACGCCUCACAAGACAUGUUCGGCUGAGAUAAGCCCAGGGUCCUCUUUAGGGACCAUUCAGCCAUCUCUAUGAUCUCCAUUAUCUCCAUUAUUCUGCAUCACAGACUGACCCCUUCCACCUGUUGGACAUCAAAAUGCUAUGCAGAUCUGCCAAAGAACAUUGAUCCCAGUCCCAUAUUUUCUUAAAUUCUACUUCACAUGCGGUUUACAGUGAUGGGAGAGAAACAAUACAGCAUGUGCCUCGUCAGAAGUUAAACAGUUGCAGCACAGCUAAAGAGUCAUGUCACUCGAGCACUUAUCUCCGACACACAGCCGUGUGGAUGUGAUGUUCCGAGUUUGUGGGACCUCAGUGGAACAAAGGAGAGGUCCUGGGAUGUCCAUAUCCUUCAGCAAGCUGUCACAGGAAGCGGGAGAGAGGAAGAGGUUCCCUGUCUGCAUGACAAACAUUUUCCUUCUUUGUUCUCUGUUUUGUGUCUGUCCGCCUGUCUCCUGAUAACAGGCCUGAUGAAAGUGAACUAAAGGGGCCUGAGCCAUUUUGAGUCCAAAUACCACAGUGAAAAUGUUUACAGUGAACAUGACAGUAGUGUACUCUACCUCCACUGUUAUUGUGAAUGCUAAAAAUAAACCCCUUCUGCCCUUUUA